UCAUGGUGCGCCGGAGCCGCCGCGAGUGGCCCGGGGGCUGGGGCCGCGCGCUGUGGGAGCGCUGCAGCGUGGUGGCCUGGCUCAGCAAGGCCGAGUGGGACCAGGUGAUGGUGUACCUCUUCUGCCCCGACUGCAAGCUGCAGCAGUACGCCCUGCACCGGGUGUCCGCCUGGAAGAGCAGGUCCAGCAACAACCUCCCCCUGGCCGUGGCCUGCACCGCUGACCUGGUUCUCUGCACGAUCCUCGAUGUGACCGGAGACCUGGGCCCCGACGCGCUCCUCUACCUGUAUGGGAUGGCCCUGGUCAGGUUCAUCAAUCUGAUCACUGAGAGGAGGAAGGCACUCAACCCCGCUUCCCUGAGAGAGCUGGCCUUCGAGUUGAACAUUCCCGAUUGGAUCGUCAGUCUUCGCCACGACCUGACCCACGGGAAGCUGCCUCAGCUGAGCACGUGUCGCAAAGGCUGCAAAGCCGCCCUGGAUUGGCUGCGGCGAACCUACUGGUGCCGCCAGCUGGGGAACAACCUCGUGGAGUCCCUGGACUCGGAGCUGGGCGAGGAGGCGGCGGCGGCAACGGCGGCGGGGGAUGACAACGGCGACAAGGAGGAGGAUGACGACAACGACGAGGCGGAGGAGGAGGAGGAGGAGAGCGGUGCCAGCCUCUCCACUACCAACCAGCAGAGCCUUCCGUCUGCGAAGGAACUGAGACGCAAGGAGCUGUACGAGAAAGUCCGCGAUGUCCUGGUGUCCUACGAGGAGCAGCUGUAUAGGGAGCUGGAGCAGAAUCGGAAGCGUUUCAAGGACAUCCGGGCGAGGUACACCCUGUCCGAGGAGGUGAAGUGGAUCGUGGCCCAGCUGAAGGAUAUGAUCCAGGAGAACAGGGGCGUGGUGCUGGAUGCCCUGCUGGACGAGGGAUUCCUCAUUCCCACCGAGGAGCAGCUGGCAGCGCUGCGGAUCCCGAAGAAAGAGUCCGCCGACCUGGACCGCCUGCUGCUGCUGCCCCGCCCCGUCUCCCGCUUCUGGCAGCCGCUCCUGAGCCAGCUGGACUCCCACUCCUUCAUGCAGGCCCUGCUGGAGCGCAUGCUGACCACCCUGCCGCACUGCGCCAGCGGGACCUCCGGCCUCCGCCACUCCUACCUGCUGGGCUGGAUCGCCGAGCUGUUGGUGGCCCACACCAAGUGCCGGCGGAGCACCCGGCAUCUCACCACCGCCCAGUGGGAAGUGCGCAAGUCGUGGAUGAUGUUGGGCCCGAUUGCCCCCCUGCAGUGGCCGCAGCUGGUCCAGGCCUGCCUGGCCGCUCCCUGCUGGGCCAGCCCCCACCUGCUGCAGCUAAUCCUGAAGGCUUCAGAGGAGCCCCCGCCCCUGAGCACCCAGGAGAAGCUGCUGCACCUCUGCACCGUCUACACCCAAGGGGGGUCCUCCCUGCCCGGCUCUGACUCCGGCCCCGCCUCCCCCGGACAGCCCGUCUACACCCUGGAGAGCCUGCGGGGCCAGGCCUGGGGCCAGGGGCCCGAGGGGCGGGAGCCUGGCGAGGAGGACGGCGACGAGGACGAGGAGGAAGCGGCGGUGGCAGAGGAAAAGGAGGAGGAGGAGGAGGAAGAGAUGGAGCUGGAGGGCGCAGAAAGGGAGGGGGAGGAGGACGGCGGGAUGGAGCGGGCGGCCGCCCCGCACCUGGCGAACGUGCUGCCCCUGACUCUGCCCGUACCCAUCAGCCCUGAGGCCUUGGCAGAGAAGCAGGCAGUGCUGCAGGGGUCUGCCUGGCAGCUCAGUGCAGAUGACGUGCAGUGGGGCCUGUUCCCUCUGGGGAAGCUCCCGGGCCAGACGGAGGAUCCAGGCGGCCUGCUGCUCACCAGCUACACGGUGCUGGACCAGCCGGCCGCAGACGGGCGGCCGAGUCCCACGCCCUCCGAGGAUUGCUGCCUGGACCUCGGUGACUCGGGCGGUGAGGGGCUGCUGUGGACGCCGGGGGAGAUGCAUCGCCUGAAAGCCGGCCUCCAGCUCUUCUGACUCCGCAUUCAUCCUGCUGCCUGCCACAGGCUGAGGGUUGGGAGUCGCGGAUCGGGAGCCAGGGGGAUCCUAACCCCCAUUCCCGUUCCAAGCAUUUGUACUGCCUUUGGAGGAAAAUAAAGUGAGGGUGGGGGCUCCGGUCUGUGCC